AUGCCUGCGGUCUCGCCUAGCCACACAUUCACUGGGUUCUCCCGUGCUGCCCUUUCCUGGCUUUAUAUGACCAGGACCAAUGGAUCAGAAGUCGUGAUUUCGCGGAGCCCUGACCCUUCCAUCUCGUCCGAGGCAACCCAGUCCAAAGUUGACCUACGCGUUCUCGGAGGGGUGGUUGGAGCGUUCUCUGGUCUCCUUUUGCUCGGCGGACUUCUUUUCUAUUGCCGAAGGCUGAGAAAUCAGGCUCGACCUCUAGGAGAGAAGGGUGCGGAGACGUCGUUCAAAUCCGGAGAUGGAUUACCCACUACUGGUAGCGCGCUAUCGGAGGAUGAAGUAGCGCCUGAAGCUCGAAGCCCUCGUCUAAGCUUAUUAGCUUCAAACCUUGACAACGCAUCCAUGUCCCAAUCUCGAAACCUCCGCCCGCAAACCAGGAAAAUUCCGACGACGGACAACGUUUGGCACUUGAUAGCUUCUUGCACAGGCGUAUUUGCUGUCGGUCUCAAUGACAGCGCAACGGGGGCCAACAUUCCAUCAAUCCAGAAGCACUAUGGACUAUCAUACGAGGUCGUUUCGCUCAUUUUCUUGGCGGGCGUCUCCGGUUACUUAGUCUCGUGUAUGCUUAAUCCCGUCCUUCAACACAGGAUAGGGACGUGCUGGAUACUCCUGAUCGCCGGAGUUUGCUAUGGGGGCGGCUCUCUCUUGAUCGCCUUUGCUCCACCAUUUCCCCUUGUAAUUGUCGGGCUUACCCUCGCAGGCCUGGGAGGCGGUUUCUGUGAUGCCUCUUUGACGAGUGUUGUCGCACACUUCGACAGCAAUCGUUUUAUGAAUAUGUUGUACGUUUUCUUCGGGGUUGGUGCUUUGUCAUCACCCUUUGUUAUUGGAGGGUUUCUCAAGGCUAAUAUUCCAUGGAACCGAUACUAUUGGCUCCAAUUCGCGUUCGAAGUGGUCAUGAUCGCCUUCCAUUUCAUCAUCUUCAGGAACUACGAAAUCCCAUGCGAAGAGGAACACAAGCGCACUACGGCGCGAGCCAAGUUUCGCCAAAUAUCCAAGAAGAGAAUCUUGUGGGUUGGAGUUGUUCUGAUUAUACUUGGCUUUGCGAUCGUCGAUACCCUGAGUAACUGGUUAACUUCAUAUCUUAUUGAAGUUAAGGGAUCCGAACCCGAUGUUUCGCGAUACCAGCUUUCCAUGCUAUGGGCAGGAAUGACGACUGGACGAUUAGUCUUUUCACUCCCAUACAUCCACAUCCCUGAGCGGAUUGGAAAUGCAAUCUUGCUCGCGCUUCUCUGCGGUGCAAUCGGGGUUCUAUGGGUAGCUAACACGGCCGCGUCGAACUGGGUCCUGAUUUUUCUCGCCGGGUUCUUCAUAGGUCCAAAUACACCUGCCAUUCUCUCCAUUGUUUCGUCUCGCGUCCCACCGAGUCUGAAGAGUACAGCGGUCUCAAUCAUCAUUGGAUCCGGGCUUGGUAUUGGCGCAACCCUCGGACCCCUCCUCUUCGGAGUUGCGGCGGAAAGAGUUUCUCCUGGGCUCCGGGUCCUUCCACCUGUGAUGCUUGUCCUCGCCCUCCUCUCCGCUCUCACAUUUUGGGCGAUCCCACCUCAGAAGAUAUUGUCCAAUAAUUAA